AUGUUCAUCCAAUCUCUACUUCUCCCUCUUCUCGCUACCCUAGCCAUCGCCUCCCCCAUAACCCCAAGAGCUCAAGAGGGUAAACGAAUCCGAUCGCUCGCAAGUCCCGAUUUAUGCCUCACCGUCCAAAAUGGAUAUGCCGCCUAUGGUACCAUCGUAGCUCUGACAGCCUGUUCGCAAGGCUCAGGAGGAUACCUGGACCAAUUCCAGUUCUUCUCUGCUGUCGGUCCUCAAAGGGGUCAAAUCAAAUUGAUUUCCAACGAAGAUAUGUGUCUUGAUGCAGAUACUUCCAAUGGGAAUGGUGGACAGGUGACCAUCGAGGCGUGUGAAGAUGGGAAAGACUCGCAGGUAUUUACUGUCGGUACGACUGGGACAGGGAGUGAACCUAACCUUAGAUUGGCAAUCGGACAAGAUGAAGCUCAAUGUCUCGAUGUAGUGAAGGACAGUACACCAAUUCAAAGAAAACCAUACGGAUCUGAGAAAGAUCUGCAAACUUGGGAAUGUCAUCCUACCGAUCAUCCCGAUGCUCAACAACAAUACUUUGAAUUGGUCGCACCCGAGUCCGAGUAA